AUGGCUCGGUUAAAUGGAACGACUAUGGGAAUAUGGGAGCCUUUUGAGAGUCUAUGGUGGUGGUGCAUGAUGGUUCUUGGUCUUGGGGCACAGUUGUACCUUAUGGCUGGAACAAAGAAUACAGGGCCUGUGUCUCCACCCCCCUCUGGCUCUACUUCUCGAAAAAGGAUUGAAGAAGUAACUGUUGAAAUGGAUGGCGAGGAGGAGUCAGAGUCAGAGUCAGAGUCCGGGACUGAGAAUGAAGAUGCUUUUGAUGAGGAGGAGGACUGA